GCUGCCGAGCGGGAAGGGUGGCGGAGGAGCCGCAGAGAUGUCCGGCCAGAGCUUGACGGACCGAAUCACCGCCGCCCAGCACAGUGUCACCGGCUCCGCCGUAUCCAAGACAGUAUGCAAGGCCACGACCCACGAGAUCAUGGGGCCCAAGAAAAAGCACCUGGACUACUUAAUUCAGUGCACAAAUGAGAUGAAUGUGAACAUCCCACAGUUGGCAGACAGUUUAUUUGAAAGAACUACUAAUAGUAGUUGGGUCGUGGUCUUCAAAUCUCUCAUUACAACUCAUCAUUUGAUGGUGUAUGGAAAUGAGCGUUUUAUUCAGUAUUUGGCUUCAAGAAACACAUUGUUUAACUUAAGCAAUUUUUUGGAUAAAAGUGGAUUGCAAGGAUAUGACAUGUCUACAUUUAUUAGGCGGUAUAGUAGAUAUCUUAAUGAAAAAGCAGUUUCAUACAGACAAGUUGCAUUUGAUUUCACAAAAGUGAAAAGAGGGGCUGAUGGUGUGAUGAGAACAAUGAACACAGAAAAACUGCUUAAAACUGUACCAAUUAUUCAAAAUCAGAUGGAUGCCCUUCUUGAUUUUAAUGUUAAUAGCAAUGAACUUACAAAUGGGGUAAUAAAUGCUGCCUUCAUGCUCCUGUUCAAAGAUGCCAUUAGACUGUUUGCAGCAUACAAUGAAGGAAUUAUUAACCUGUUGGAAAAAUAUUUUGAUAUGAAAAAGAACCAAUGCAAAGAAGGUCUGGACAUCUAUAAGAAGUUCCUGACUAGGAUGACAAGAAUCUCAGAGUUUCUCAAAGUUGCAGAGCAAGUUGGAAUUGACAGAGGUGAUAUACCAGACCUUUCACAGGCCCCCAGCAGUCUACUUGAUGCUUUGGAACAACAUUUAGCUUCCUUGGAAGGAAAGAAAAUCAAAGAUUCUACAGCUGCAAGCAGGGCAACAACACUUUCCAACGCAGUCUCUUCCCUGGCAAGCACUGGCCUGUCUCUAACCAAAGUGGAUGAAAGGGAAAAGCAGGCAGCAUUAGAGGAAGAACAGGCUCGUUUAAAAGCUUUAAAGGAACAGCGCCUAAAAGAACUUGCAAAGAAACCUCAUACCUCUUUAACAACUGCAGCCUCUCCAGUGUCCACCUCUGCAGGGGGUAUAAUGACUGCACCAGCCAUUGACAUAUUUUCUACCCCUAGUUCUUCUAACAGCACAUCAAAGCUACCAAAUGAUCUGCUUGAUUUACAACAGCCAACUUUUCACCCAUCUGUACUUCCUAUGCCAUCUACUUCUCAGGUAGCAAGUACAUGGGGAGAUCCUUUCUCUGCUACUGUAGAUGCUGUUGAUGAUGCCAUUCCAAGCUUAAAUCCUUUCCUCACAAAAAGUAGUGGUGAUGUUCACCUUCCCAUUUCUUCAGAUGUAUCCACUUUUACUACUAGGACACCUACUCAUGAAAUGUUUGUUGAUUCUUUUUGUGGCACUCAGGCUUAUCCUGAUUCUACCCUUAUGUGCCACGAGUCUUCUGCUGUAGCUGGUUUAUUUGGAGGAUUCACUCCAUCUCCGGUUGCACAGCCACAUCCUUCAGCUGGCCUUAAUGUUGACUUUGAAUCUGUGUUUGGAAAUAAAUCUACCAACGUUAUUGUAGAUUCUGGGGGCUUUGAUGAACUAGGUGGACUUCUCAAACCAACAGUGGCUUCUCAGAACCAGAGUCUUCCUGUUGCCAAACUUCCACCUAACAAGUUAGUAUCUGAUGACUUGGAUUCAUCCUUAGCAAACCUUGUGGGCAAUCUUGGCAUUGGAAAUGGAACCACUAAGAAUGAUGUAAAUUGGAGUCAGCCAGGUGAAAAGAAGCUAACUGGAGGAUCUAACUGGCAACCAAAGGUUGCACCAACAACUGCUUGGAAUGCUGCAACAAUGAAUGGCAUGCAUUUUCCACAAUACGCACCCCCUGUAAUGGCCUAUCCUGCUACUACACCAACAGGCAUGAUAGGAUAUGGAAUCCCUCCUCAAAUGGGAAGUGUACCUGUAAUGACACAACCAACCUUAAUAUAUAGCCAGCCUGUCAUGAGACCACCAAACCCCUUUGGUCCUGUAUCAGGAGCACAGAUACAGUUUAUAUUUCUUUCCAUGCAUUACAAGUAAUCUUGAUUGUAAAUAAUUCAUACUUCAUUACUUUGAAACCUUAAUUACGACUCACUAUUGUCUGACAACAUCAGAUGUAAAUACGCAGGCAUAGGCCACGGUGGUGAGAUGGGGAAGUCGGGCUGAGCACAGCGUGCUUUAGGGCAUGGAUCGUCCACAUGCGCAGUGUACUGUGGACAUCGUUCUUAAGAACCAAGAUACAUCAUUCUUCAGGACUGUAUCAGAAGCACCUUAAUUGGCUCACCAUUUAUGGAAGAUAGUGUUACCCAGAAGUAUAAAACUUUAGUUUAUAAUAAUUGAAAUAUUUUUUUGGACCAAAUAAACAAACUGCUCUGUUUUGGGGGAGGGGUAAACUUUUUUGUGGAAAUUCAAUAUAUAUUGAAUUCAAUAUAUAUUCAAUAUAUAAAUUUUUAGUAGAAACUCAGUAUAUAAAUCAGGCAAAAGCAAGCUCAUAUAUGGAAGACAGUUUGGAAAAACUUUUUUAGCCAAGCUGAAGUGCUGCAUUUCCAAUAAAUGGCAAAUAAGUAGUACAUUAUAGGCACAUUUCAUUAUUUUGUCUUCUGGCACCAGUUGACAUAAACCUUAGCUUUUCAUUUUCUUUGGUUUUUGAGGAGUAAGAAGUUGAAAUCUAGUAGGAAUCAGCAGUGAGCACUUAUUUCAACUAAGUUGAGCCAGUGUUCUGUGAUGCCCACCCAUUAAGUAGGACUUUAAAAGGACUUCUCUUACUCUAGGAAGCACUUAUGAUAUACAGAGGAUGUUUAUUUUUAGCUAGGUCAGUUAAUAUUUUCUCCCAGAGUUUAGGAAAUCUUGUAAUCUAUUUCCCUUUCUCCAGUUUGGUUUUCUUUAACUAUUGGUCAAUGUAGGUUGCCCUAAUUCUAAUGAGAUGACGUUAGAUGCCAUUUUGGAAUAACUUAUUGCUUCCGUAUUAACAGUUGUAAAUUAUUAUAGACUCUAGCAGUAGUCCAAUGCCCUCAAGAUGAGUAGUGCUUUGAGGGUGACAGGAGUACUGGUGGCAUAACUUUGUGAUAUUACUGAUGGGCAGAAACCCAAGAUGGGGUUAUGUUGAGCACAAACCCAAGAAGCAGUUAUCAGAGGUACUAGAGUAAACCUACAGGGCAGGCCCUCUACCUUCCACAGUAAAGAAAUCCUUUUAGCCACACUUCACAGGGACAAAGGAGGAAUAGCUUUAUCUUUAAUAUAAAAUACCAGAAUGCAACACUGUAUACUUAUGUUCCUAUGCAACUGGAUCCAAUUGCACCACUAGUGUCCUGGCCAUGUUCUGUUCAUAUUCAUAUGUUCAUAUUAUCCAAAAACAACUUCCUGUCCUGAUGUUCUGUAACUCUGUGUUCAGUUUUAUAACUGGUAUUUCUGCCUCUGAGUGUUUUGAUUGUACAGCAUUAUCGGGAAAAUAUUUUUUUUAAGCAUGUAACCCUUAGUGUAUGUAUAUUUAUAAAUUAUAUAUUCCUACAGCAAUAUACAAAAAUAGAAGUGUUAAAUAAGUAAAAAUUAAGAGAGAAGUUCUAGGUUUUAUUUCUAAUGUCCUAUUUUGUAGAUCAUUUUUAUUUUUAUACACAGCAUGUUUUAUCACCAAAAAACAUUUUAAUUUAACAUGUUAUAGAAUGCUUACUAUGUGUAAAUGGUUGCUAGUUUCUGAACAAGAAUCAGGUAAAGUAUAUUUUCUCCGUUUAAGGUGAGUAUAAUAUGGACAAACAAAUGACUGGUUGAUGGUACAAUAAGAAUGAUUAGAAGAGAAACACAGAGUGUUGAGAACACAGUGGAAGAAUAUGAGCAACAUAGAUUCAGAGUUGGGCUCUUAUUUAAGAAUAGAAGAGCAUUUGAUUGUAGGUGUAAUUAGCCUUUGAGCUACUAAUCUAUGCCAGGCAACAUACUGGUUGCUUUAUGUAUAUUUUAAUUCUCAAGAUAGUCUUAAAGGGAGACACGCACAUCAGGUCUAGAUAGUCUAAACUCCAUUUUAUAAAAAAGCCAGGAUUAGAUUCAAUGCCAUCCUUCUUUGAAACUCUGUCAUCCCGGACAAAGGAAGUAAUACCCAUUUUUCUCUUAAGAUGUUGACUUCACUUCUCCACCAAAGACAAAGUGAAUCUCUGCAGCAUUGCUAUUUGCUACCCAGGCUUUGGGGUGACUGCAGAAUUCAUAUGGAAAGAAAAGAUGCGGCAAAGUUGCUUCUUCUCUAAGAAUUUUAAGCACAGCCAACGAUAUGUCAGAAGUUUAUCCUUAAAUAUCAAUUCUUCAUUCUCUCCAAAGCUUUCAUUUGGACUAGUCUCUCUCUGAGACUGCUGUUAUUUUCUUGUUCUAACCUGAAAAUGUUCUUUCUUUGCUGUUGGACAGGAGUCUAAUGAGGGAGUAACCAUUUUUGUUUUAUGACAUUUGGUGUAGCAGUAGAAUUCUUUUGUUUAAAAAAAAAAAAACCUUUUAAGUGUGUUUGCCAUUUAUUAAAGAUAACUUAUGUUUUCUGUACUCUGUCUUUAUUAUAUGAAACACACCUACAACCAAAAAAAUCUUUGCUCUGUAGAUAAAAGCAAAAGUUUUUGGUAACAUUAGAAUUUUUGUUUUCAUGUCAACAUUAUUUUUUAAAGGUUGAUUAGGGUGGAGGGAAGGGGUAGAAGAAUUUCAGCUAAGAGUUACCAUCAUCAGUUACUUGUAAAUCUUAGUGCUUCUGUUUAUGUGCUGCCCUUUGACUGCUUCUCAGUAUUUUAUUUUCCUAUAAAAUGAGAAAGGAAGAGUAAGUAAUAUGUCUGUAUUAGACUCACGGUAAAUGACUACUUUCUUUAAAGGGCAUACUCCUUUGUGGUAUAGGUCAGUUUAAUUUGAACAGACUGUGAUAGGUAUGCUAAUUUUUUAUAGGUCUGUGGGAAUUGGUAUAGAGAAUAUUACUUGAAAUAAAUGGGUAAUUGGCUAUGUUUUGUCUUUUUGUGAUGGCAUAUUUGUAAUAGGACUUAAUUGGAAUGGUCACCUACAGUUUGUUUUUUGCUGACUUUUAAAAGUUGGUGAUUUUACAGUUAAUGAAGGUAGUUGGAUUUUUUUCUUUUUCUUAAAUUAGUUGUAUUUUAGUACUAGAGCCCUACAUAGGCUCUGAUUUACUCACUUAAGUAAAGGAGGGUCAGCUCCUUUACUUGCAGGUGCUCCCACCAGAUCCUGUUGCCCUGUCUUGCUCUUUUGUUCUUCCUCCUUUCCUUGAGCAGUAAUUGGGCUAUUACAGCAUAUUUCCUUUACUUUUUUAUCCUUAUUUACUACUCAGAACUGGCUACUUCUCACCAGUGCAUCGUGUGUCUGUGCUUUGGUACAGGUGCCAGGAAGAGGUGGGUACAGGUGGUCCAGGGCUGUUUCGUGGCCCCUCCCUUAGCACUCUCCAGUCAGCCAAACCAAUUUGGGCCAUCAUUUCAUAUGCUUGGGAUGAGCAUUGAUGAUUUGAAACUUACUACAGGGGUAUUAGAUCUUGUUUUCUCACGUUUUAAUUUAGCUACAUAUUUAUAAAUGUAAGAUAAACGUGUUAAAUUUACCAAUUUAAGAGACUAGUAGUAGUAUUAGAAACUGGCACUUUCCCCCUCCAAAGAUACUGAUCUUCUUUAACAUUAUUUGUAAGCCUGUGGGACUUCUCCCUAUCAGUAUGCUCCACAUUGAGAAGAAUAGAAGGGGCAUUUUCCUCUGGGACUGGCAGGUUUUCAGACUGCCUGCUGCCCUCAUAAAACAUGUGAUUUAAGAAGACAUUUUACUGUGGGCUCUCAUAGGAGACUUCAGAUUUUGGAUGCAAUCUAUCCACAAUAAGCAGGGAUUUUUGUUGUUUUUAUUUCUAACUUCAAGUGAAAGAAUCUGUUUUGGAGAGAAACCCAGUUAAUCUUAGACUCUAUCCAGCUCAGUGACUGAUGAUCACUUUGCGUAUAAUCAUUCUUGUUUCUGAAUGGUCAUCCAUGAUUGCUCUGAAGUGGGGAGUAGGAGGGGCGCCUGGGUGGCACAGUCGCUCAUCUCAGGCUCGUGAGUUCGAGCCCCACGUUGGGCUCUGUUAACAGCUCAGAGCUUGGAGCCUGCUUCAGAUUCUGUCUCCCUCUCUCUCUCUCUUUCUCUGCCCCUCCCCAGCUCAUGCUCUGUCUCUGUCUCUGUCUCUCUCAAAAAUAAACAUUAAAAAUAAUAACAAAAUUGAAGUGGGGAGGAGACGUCUUUUCAAUUAAGCUGCACCUUAAUCUGUCUCUACCUGGAUGUUAUUUGAAUCCCCAAACCCAGAGAGCUUUUCCAUCCUCCCAUCUGUAGCUGCUUGUGUAAUUCCAUCAUCUUUCCAUUGUCUCUUUCCAUUGUCUUAGAACAUUUAUUUCUGAGAACAAAGUAUGGAUCAGGAAAAUGACUCAACCACUAAAAUAACUGAGGAUGAUUUUUCAACUUUUAAAUUGACUUUGGCAUCUACAAUAACAAAUUGCAUGUACUUGUGAUGUAAUAUUUGCCUGAAAGUCAUUGGCUAUCCAUUUUCUAUAGUGCUUUUCUUAAAAAAAAAUUAAAGGUAGAAAUGAGAUCACCUUCAACUAGCAAAGACAGAUUAUGAGGCUUGAAAUCUGUUACAGAAUUUGAAUGUUGGAAGUAUGAAUUGAAACCAUUCCCACUUGAUCAUCUUUGAUUUAGUACUCAAUUGAACAUCCCUAAAAGGACGACUCAUUUCAUAAUAGCCCCGUGCUUGCAUGCCUUUGCAUUCUUUUGCAGGGGGAGAGAAAAAAAAAAAAAUUAAAGUUUACUCCAAACUAGGGGCACCUAGGUGGCUUAGUCGGUUUAAUGUCGACUUUGGCUCAGAUCAUGAUCUCACGGUUCUUGGGUUCCAGCCCCAUGACAGCUCAGAUUCUGUGUCUCCCUCUCUCUCUGCCCCUCAACCACUCAUGCUCUCUCUCUGUCUCAAAAAUAAAUAAACAUUAAAAAAAAAUAAAAAAAAAAAUAAAAA